UUCAAAAUCUGAACUUACAUGCAAUGUUGCAAAGAUUGUUUUCCAAAUGUCUUUGACUUUAUUAGCUGGAUAGGCGAAACAACAGGACUUAUAUAAACAGUACAUACAGUAUAUUUUGUUGCCUGAUAUAUGUGAAUAUUUUCACAGCCAUUAUAGAACAUAAAAGUAGAAAACUUCCUUUAACUGUCAAAGGUUUUUCCACAAUGGUUGAUUGUAACUGUACUGCUGUCAGUGAAUAAUGGUAAAGUUUUCACUUUUGAAAAAGGACAUUUUGAAUCUCUGUCAUGUGUGAGCCUUGAUAACCUGGAUAUAUCUCUUCUUCUUUCAUUGAACUGAACAUUUGUUCGUAAUGUUAAUGUGCUUGUGCAUUUUGCAUGUGACACUGACAUUUUUUCAACCAUGUGUAUUCUUUGAAGUGCCUGAAAUUUGUCAGUUAUGCUGAAAAAUGCUGGUAAAAAUGUUGAAAUGUGCAACGUAAAUGCAUGCAGGCUUAUGUUAUGUGUCUUGCUGAAAUAAGUGUUCAAUAGGAAAUCUUUCUCAGGUAUUAAAUUUAACUUUUUGUCCUCUUUUGAUCUGUCUUUUCCUCUCCCUCCAUCACUCUUACUUCUCUUCUUCCAGCUCUGCUGCUGUGCAGACAUGAAGAGCAACAACAGCCUGAAUCCUUUAUACUUUCAGUUCACACUUUUUGGAGAUUCUGGGCCCCUCAGAUAUCUGUUCUUCUGUCUGUGUCUGUUGAUCUACAUGACUAUAAUCUCUGCAAAUGUUCUCAUUAUUCUGACAGUCUGCCUGGAGCAGACUCUGCAUCAACCCAUGUACAUGUUUAUCUCCUUUCUGUCUUUAAACUCUCUGUACGGCUCAGCUGGCUUCUUCCCGAGAUUCCUGAUGGACAUUCUGUGUGACACUCAUUUGAUCUCACGUGCAUCUUGUUUCAUUCAGAUAUAUGUUAUCUACACCUAUGCAUCAUACGAACUGACUAUCCUCGGCAUCAUGGCCUACGAUAGAUUUGUUGCUAUUUGCCAGCCUUUGCACUAUCACAGCAAAAUGACGUUUAGGAUGGUGAGGCAUCUUUUGUUUUUUGCUGUGCUCUACCCUGCAGUUGCUCUUGGCGUCAGUCUUUAUCUUACUGUUCGAUUGCCUUUGUGUGGAAAUAAACUGCACAGGCUUUUCUGUUCUAACUGGCCUGUGGUUCAGCUCUCCUGUGUGGAUACAACUCUGAACAACAUAGUCGGUCAGUUUGUUGCAACAACAACCAUCUUCAUCCCCCUGUUCUUUGUCCUGUACACCUAUCUACGGAUUCUGCUUGUGUGCAGGAGAAGCUCGUCUGAAUUCAGAGGAAAGGCCUUACAAACCUGCCUGCCCCACAUGGUGACAUUUGUGACCUAUUCGUUCUCUGUCUUCUGUGAGCUGUCACUAACUCGAUUUGAGGCUGAUAAAAUUAAUCCAGUCAUCACAGUUGUUUUAUCUUUAGAGUAUUUGAUCUUUCCCCCCAUCAAUAACCCUCUAGUUUAUGGCCUGAAUCUGCCUCAAAUCAAAGGAGUGAUUUUUAGAUUUUGAAGAUACACAAAAUGGUUCCUGCUGUCAAAAUUUAAAACUCAUCAUGCACAUACUGUAUAGCAAACAAUGAAGCUUUAAGCCAGUGUUGUUGACAAAAUAUACUUCGGGAAUAUGUUGAAUGUAUUUAUCCAUAGAUUUUGUUUGCAGUCACAUUAAUUUUAUGGAGAUCCGAAUAUCAAUGAAUAGAAUGGAUGUGAUAUUAAAAUAGAUAAACCUGAACCACAACAAUGAUAUUGGUAUUGUACAAGUUAAUGUAUGGUUCAACUGACAGCUCCACAGGCGAAAAUACAUAUUUGAAACUUACUAGCUAAAAUUCGAUUUUGAUAAGUUUUUAGGUGUGUAUGGUUGAAAUUUUGAUGUUAGAUGUGUCUUUGUUGUUUUAGGUUUUUAGCUUUGUAUGUUACUCUGCGUUUAUUCUGUUUUAAUUUUUUUUUCCCAUUGUGAACCAGUUGCCCUUUGUAAUUCUAAUAACAUUAAGCUGUAAUGAUAAUCAAAAAACAAGACUAAGAGUGUACAGCCAUUCUACCUGCCCUUUGAGGCUGUAUUUCAGCACAGCAAUGCUCUGUCACCAUGUUAUGCAACAUCAGCAUGCUAAUAUGUUUACCAGGUACAAUAUUUAUCAUGUUCACCAUUUUAUUGUAGUGGACAAAUUAAAUUUCUGACCUGAUGAUGGCGCUAGGUAAAAAGUCAGAGGAUCAUCAGAGUUAUUACAAUUAAUCCUGACAUAAAUGUGUGUAGGCUACUAAAUUUCAGGUCAAUCCAUCCAAUAGUUGUUGAGACAUCUCACUAAAAGCCAAAAGUGUCAACCUGCUGGUAGAAGGGAAAAGUCAGAGGAAUAAAGUCAGUAAUAUAUUUUCUUUGGUUUCUUUAAUUGUUGAGAUAUUUGAGUCUGGACCAAAGUAGCUGUUUUAGUCUUAAUUUUAUCACAUAUUUUCUUGUACUGUCACUGUUGAGUCAUUUGUAUGUUGUUUUAUAUUACUGGAAUAAAGAUUUUAAAACUAAGAUGUAUUCCAGCAUAACUGUGAUAGAUGAGCUAGCAGAGAUGAAAAGAUGACGCUUACUUGGAGGGGAGACAUGUUGCAAUAGAUAGUGAACAAUGGAGGAAGCUCACUGUGGCCUUACGUCCCCCGGGGGACAAAGAGGAUGAAGCCAGUAAGCAGGUGUCUUGGGAUCAACCGGCCCCUCUUCUCAUUUCUCGUUCUAGUUGAAUUGGGUGUAGCCUACAUUCAACGAUGAAAAAAUGAGUGAUAUCAUGGUGAAAUGUCAUUAAGGAAUGCCUUUAGAACAGCACCUUACGAGGCGCUACACAAACCAUGAAGUGCAGAAAGUUCGAUUGUGCAUUCGAUCAUCUUAAAUAAUGAAUAAAACUCAUGAAUACAAAA